GAAUCCCAUCAGCCAUGAGUGCCUUGGACAUAACGGUAGCAGGUGCUCAAGUGUGGCAAGUGGGCUAAACGGUGAGAAAUAUUGAUGUUGUUUAACGCAUUCAAAUGGUACCAUCUCAUUUAUUGGUUUUGGGAGUUGUUUGUUCUGUUUUAACCAAAUCACAAUUCAGGUUCAGAAACGAUAUAUUUUCAACAAAACUGCACGAUGAGAUCGACUUUGGUGCGGUAGAUGAGAUGGUUCAAGAACGCGUCCUCCAGACUAAAGUCAAGGGGCACGGGAAUCCCAUCAGUCAUGAGUGCCUUGGACAUAACGGUAGCAGGUGCUCAGGUGUGGCAAGUGGGCUAAACGGUUCAGAAACUAGUAUAUUUUUAACAAAACUGCACGAUGAGAUCGACUUUGGUGAAGUAGUAGACGAGAUGGUUCAAGAACGCUUCCUCCAGACUAAAGUCGAGCCAUUUUUAGAAAAACUUCAUCAGCAAGCCACUAACGUUGUGGUCAGCUACAAUGACAUGGACGAGAAAGAGCUUAAGAGGUACCAGCAGACCAGACAUGUAAUCCUCCAUGUCCCAACCCUGCAAGAGCUCCUUCUAAAGAUCGGCUUUAGCAAAAAUAUGGAAGAACUUCAGAGCUACCUGAUUGCCGCCGACCGGACGUGCUUGUUGUCUGAGAACGAAGCCCUGAAGCUGGAGCUGAACGACGCUCAGAGCAGACACCAGACGGUGGUCAGCGGCCUCCACUCCUCCCUCCAGUCCGUCGAGCAUGAGAACAAGGGAGCCCAGUACACUUUGCACCAGAACAUCAGACACCAACAGGACAGGGUGAUUUUGAUGGAGGGAAAGCUAAGUGAAUCCGAGAGGCAGGUCAUCUCACUGCAGCGGUAUCUACUGGAAAGCACCGACAAAGCCCAGAUUCUGCAGAAGACCCUGAGCAGCUGCAAGUCGACCCUACAGUCUGCAGAGCAGGACAUGGAACUGACAAAGCAGAGAGGACUCGAUCUGCAAGCUGCACACAGGGCCUCACAGGACAACAACCAAUCGCUGAGACGCAGCCUCCUCGGUGCCGAGGAGCACGCAAAGUCUCUCAGACACAGCGUCGGCGAACUCGAGCGGAAGAUCGAGCUCCAGCAGAAGAACCAAGCGUCCGAAGAAGAGGCGGUCAAAGCCCUGAGACGCAGGGUGGAUGAAUCGAAGGAGAAGGUCUCGUCCCUGGAGGGGAGCCUGAAGGCUUCUGAAGAGAGCGUCUCGUCACUCAGGCAGAGCCUGAGAGCAUCGGAAGAGAAGGCCGCCUGCCUCGGGCAGAGCCAGAGGACCUCCGAGGAGAGGUGUCGUUCUCUGCAGCUCAAACUCAACUCGGCCGAGGAGGCCGUCCGAGCGACCCGGGGCUCCCUCGCCGUGGCGGAGUCCGAGGCCGAGAGGCUGAAGGAGGCUCUGGGCUCCUUGGAAGACAAAACCCUGGCGCUGCAGGACACGUUACUGGCCAGCGAGAGCCACUCGAGCGGCGGCGCCGCUCAACGGCGAGCCCUGGAGCGGGGCAAGACGGAGGACCGAGAGAGCCUUCAGGUUCUGAUCCGCUCUCUCGUCGGCUGCGAGGAGGAGCAUCGCAGCCGAGCCAAGAGGCUGGACCUGGAGCUGAGGCUGACCAAGGAGCGGCUGGCCCUGCUGCAGGACAGCGGGAGCCGGUCGGAGAGCCGCUACGCCCAGGAGACGGCUCGGCUCCAACACCAGCUCCUCAAGGCCGCCAACAAAGGAACGGCCGCCCAGAAGGAGCUCCGAGCCCACGUGGCCGAGCUAAACACCAAGUUGCUGAAGGCGCAAGCAAGUCAAAACAGAGAGCUGGAGGCGGUUGCAGUGGUUGAGAGGGAGCUGCAAGGCACCGUCCUGGACCUCAGACAGGAGCUACACGUUCAAACCAAGGAGAAGGAAGGCGCCCUGCAGUGUCUCAGGAUGACACAGAGGGACCUCGCCGAGGUCCAGCACCACCUACAGGUAGACCUGCUGAAGUGCACCCACGGACGUGAGCCGGGAAGAGGACAGUCCACCCCCAGAGAAGCUGAGCAGAGGGUAAAACCGGACACCCCGAAAGCAACGCUGCGUUCCGUCGACCAUGAACACGUCCUGACCGACGGGCAAAGAAAGAAGGAGUCGGCAAAGGUACACGGUCACGGGCACAGUGUGAGGGAGGGACGCCGGGACGACUCCCCGUGUAGACCGCCCCGCUCGGCGUGGUGGGACACGCCCCCUCCCCCCGCCGACUCACCGGCCCCGAGCUGUGAUUCUACAGGGCCGUCUUCGCCAUGGUCCAACGGAACACCUUUGACUAUGGAUGGAAAGGGUGAGGCCUGUUGCCUUACUCAGCUGAAGCCUGCAGAAUACUUGCAGAAUCUACUAAAGGUGCAGAAAAAGCUCAGGGCACUGCAGUCGAUGGAUCGCCAGAAGACAAUGAACGAGAUGCGUCUGCCAUAAAGCCUACGCGUCAUCUGAAAGUUACACCUAAAAACAUGUGUAAUAAAGAAA